AACUGUUAAUGCAGAAAAAUCAGAAUUUAAUGAAGACCAAGCAACAUGUUGCCAGAUUUCUAUCAGGAAGAGACAAAAAGAGGAGGAUCAGGAAUGGCUGAUUUUGUGCUCUACUGAGUAUCUGACAGGCUAUUACUGGGCAUUGUUUGAUGGCCAUGGCGGUUCAGAAGCUUCAAUUAUGGCAUCCAAUUACCUGCACUGUUGCAUCAAACAGAAACUAGAGGAUGUGGUAGAAGGCAUCACUGAAGACAAUCCCCCCAUGCACCUCAGUGGUCAAUGCAUUUGCCAGAGUGAUCCACUGUUUGUGGAAGAAAAGAAAAUUCAGCAGGAAAAUGUGAUAAUUGGAGCUUUGGAGAGUGCCUUCCAGGAAUGUGAUAAAAUGAUAGGCCAAGAGAUGAAAGCUAGCAACCAAUCAGCAGGCUGCACUGCACUAGUUGCUCUUUAUCUGCAGGGAAGGCUCUAUGUGGCAAAUGCAGGCGAUAGCAGGGCACUUCUUGUUCGAAAACGGAGCAUUGUUCCCUUGAGUACUGAGUUUACCCCUGAGUCAGAGAGGAAGAGAAUCCAGCACCUGGCUUUCAUUUACCCAAAGCUCUUAGCAGAUGAAUUUACACGGUUUGAGUUUCCAAGGAGACUGAAAGGAGAUGAUUUAGGCCAGAAGGUCCUCUACCGAGAUUACUCAAUGGAAGGCUGGGGAUAUAAGACAGUAAUGAAAGAUGAUCUCAAAUACCCUCUUAUUCAUGGACAUGGGAAACAGGCUCGCUUACUAGGCACCCUGGCUGUAUCUCGAGGCCUGGGAGAUCAUCAGUUGAAAGUAAUUGAAACAAAUAUUGAAAUCAAGCCUUUCCUCUCCUGCAUCCCUCAGGUGGAAGUAUUUGACUUAACGUCAGAAAACAUUAAUGAAGAUGAUAUCCUCAUCAUGGCAACAGAUGGCCUUUGGGAUGUUAUGUCCAAUGAAGAUGUAGCCCAGAUUGUCAGAAAUUUUCUCCAAAACAAUAAAACUGACCCUCACAGGUUUUCAGAACUGGCCAAAUUCCUUGUGCAAAAAGCAAGAGGGAAGGAGGAUGGAUACUACUGGAUCAUGGACAGUAAAGAUCCUGCUUCUUAUGAUGAUAUAUCUGUAUUUGCAAUUCCAUUGUAUAACAAGAAUGAGUACUAAAAAAUCUGCUGCUGCUACUAAGUGAGACACAACUGCUCUUCAGAUGGUAAUGGAACAGUAUCAAAAUGUACAAUUGCUAAAAACUGCAAAUUCAUGCUUUGAAAGCAAAAUCAGAAAAGGACAUUUACAUUAUUUCACACUAAUCUCAUGUUUUCCUUGGUUUUACAAGUUGGUAACAUUUUACAAAUAUUAAUUCAAUAUUUAAGAAAAGUUUUAUUUUCACCUAGCCUUUAUAGUAUUGAUAUUUUAUAAGACUAAGUACAGAAGGUUUAGCAUGUGCUUGGUAAUACUGUAUAAUUAUUUUAUUAAGAUGGAGAAUGUAAUAGCAACUUACAUCUAUAUAAGAGACAAAUUUUGCAUUGUGGCCUAAAGUUUUAUACAAGAUCUAGAGUUUCCUCAGUAAUACAGAAUAUAUUUUAAAAAAUAGAAGUAAAAAAUAUUGCUAUACAAAACCAUUAGCAAAGACCUUUCUUAAGGAUGUUCAUAAACUUGAACUACAGGAAAUUAAGGAGUAAUAAGGUAAUAUGCCUAUUUUAAUAGGACGUGUUGUUAGUACCUCCAUUGUAUGACGUCAGGAUGAAUCUGCCAAGGCAACACAUUGAUAUUUGGACUUUUGAGAAAGAUUUUACUGUAGGUCAGACUGUCUUUGUAUUUUAUAUAUAAUUAUUUGCAUAUUAAGUUGUUAUGGUAUAAACAUGGGUUUAAUAUAAAACAGGAAAAUAUCUGUUUUUUAAUAUCUUAAAAUAAGUUUGUCUUCAAUAAAAUAAUAUCCAGUGUGCCAGCAGUAUUUGUCUCAUUUGUCUGCUGUAGCAACGCCAUUUAUUUAUUUGCUUUAUUUGAAUUUUUUAAAAAUUACAUAGUGCUGGUACAUUUUAAUAUGCCCAUAAUAUUUGGAAUACAAGUAGUUCCCAGCUUAAGAAUGAGUUCUGUUCCCAAGGUGUCCUCAAGUCAAAUUAAUAUGUAAGCCAGAACAGUAUC